AAAAUGUGCUCACGAAAGAUUCUCAUCCUCUAUCCCCUAAUUCUAACAGUGACAAGUGCUUCGAAACUGUGGCGCUUCGAUUUGAACUUUGACAAUCCUUCCAACUGGCUAUCACAGAGCGUUCCUCAGCACGGUCAAUCCAUAGUUUUCCCGGCCAAACUGAAUGCCCUCGUUGAUUUGCCCCAGGUUGGACAGACGGAAUCGAUCGUCCUACCCCGAGAAGGUGUCGUAGUGAUACCGGAAACGGAUUUUUCACUUACUUUCUUGGCAGAUAGUUCGAAAUUGGCGCCAGCUGUUUUCAAAGCUCCCAUCCGGAGACCUUAUUACGCGGCCGAGAACUGGCUGGCAGUCGAUGCAAUGGGGAACGUGCUUCCGGAACCGAACAAGGCAGUGCCCCAUUUGGAGCGGAUCCCGUGUCAAUUUGAGGAAGCAGUUUUCCUGGAUCCACCUGGGCCAAUUGAUCUUCAGUAUCACGAGGCGGUUGAAUUGAAAGGGGUGGUUUAUGGGAAAACGAGUGGAUUGGCAGAGUUGCAACAAUUUUUCCGAUCGGAUUUGGGCCAGUACGUGUUCUAUAAUGCCGAAGAUAGCGUCGUUCGGGAGGGUAAAUGUGCCAGUCCGGAAAAGUGUCCCUGUCAACCGGAGUGGGUUGCGGAUGCUGUCUGUCGGAAUGAAAUUUGUCCGAUUCCGCGGUGUCUUAACCCGAUUCAACCGGUCGGUUAUUGUUGCGCCAUUUGUGGUGGAGUGCUGACGAUGGAUUUGUUGAGCUUUGGAGGGAAGUUUGAUCUGGAAACCUUCAGGAAAAAACUCGACAGGAAGAUCACCGCAUCUGAGGUUGAUGCAUCAGCAGUUGAAUAUCAUGUCAGCGUUCAAAAUGAUGCCCUGCAGCUGGUGAUUGUAGACAAAGAGGAGUACGAUGAAAUAAGUGUUGAGCUGCUGAAAAGUUUGGAGUCUUUCUUCGCCAAACAAUUUAUGAACAGCCACAGAAUAAUGAGCUCGGGACAUCCAUAUGUGCCGUAUCAGUCGGGACAGCUGAUAACGGUGAUCUUAUUCACCCUACUCAUCGUAUCCGCCUUCUUUACAUCGUUCUACGUCUACUACUACGAUGAUCGAGUGCUCCCCCGCAUCCUCGUCAUGAUACGCAAUCGACAGUUUAUCGCAACCCCCUUCGUAUUUGCUCGGUUCGAUCCCAACAAUGAACACGAGGAAGGACAAUCGGCGGUGGAUAUCAACUUUAGCCCGUCCGGUAUCGAAAAUUUAAACUCGUCCUUCAACAAUCCGAUGUUCGAAGGUAACGGAGCCAAUAGAACGGAUUCGACCAAGAAAGAUGAGCAGGAUGAAUCCUACGUCGAUGUGGAGUUGGAGUCUCAAAAAUAGCUCCAAACUUUAUAUGUGGAACCUAGGUAUUGAUUGUUCGAUAAUAAUGCGAAAUGUAUUGAUAAUGUAUGAAGU